AUGACGGACACGAGCAAAUACAAGUUCAACCACACCAUGCUGCGGGUCAAGGACCCGCAGGCGAGUGUCAAGUUCUACAAGCAUCUGGGCAUGAGCCUCGUCAACAAAUUCGAGUUCCCCGACAACAAGUUCGACCUCUACUUCCUCGCCUACGACAGCCCCAAGUCUGUUUCCAAGGACAACCAUUGGACCGACCGCGAGGGCAUCAUCGAGCUCACCCACAACUACGGCACCGAGAACGACCCCAACUACAAGCCGCACAAUGGCAACAAGGAGCCGCAGGGCUUCGGCCACGUCUGUGUCAGCGUUGACAACAUCCAGGCCGCCUGCAAACGGCUGAGUGACGCGGGCUACCGCUUCCAGAAGAAGCUGGAGGACGGGCGAAUGCAUCACAUUGCCUUUGCCCUCGAUCCCGAUGACUACUGGGUGGAAAUCAUUGCGAUGAACCCCGUCGACAAGACGGAGAAUGUGACGGAGACUGACCCCUCCACCUACCGAAUGAACCACACCAUGAUGCGAGUCAAGGACAAGGAUGUCAGCAUCAAGUAUUACGAGGAUGUGUUCGGCAUGAAGCUCAAGCGCACGUCGGAGAACAAGGAUGCCGGCUUCACUCUGUACUUCCUCGGCUACGGACCUGCCUCGCCGCAAGAGAGUGCCAACGGCGUGAACCCAUCGGCGGACCGCGAGGGACUUCUGGAGUUGACGUGGAACUAUGGCACCGAGGAAAAGGAGGGCAAAGUAUACCACGAUGGCAACAGCGAGCCUCAGGGCUUCGGACACAUCUGCGUGUCGGUCGACGACUUGGACGCCGCGUGCAAGCGAUUCGAGGAGAAGGGAGUCAACUGGAAGAAGAGGUUGACAGAUGGCAGGAUGAAGAAUGUUGCCUUUAUCCUUGAUCCCGAUGGAUACUGGAUUGAGGUGAUUCAAAACGAAAAGUACAAGUCAGCCCCCGGCAAGUACUAG